AUGCCAACCGAGGUUACCCUUAUCCAUACAGAUCUACAGCCGGGAAGACGCAGUGGGCAUAGAAUGGUAGCGACAGCAACCAAAAUCUACCUAUUUGGAGGGUAUCGACCGGUUGAUGUUCUAUAUAAGGAGGUUUGGGAAUAUGACAUAAUUACUAAUACAUGGAGCAUGCUUGAGACUGAUGGUGAUCCACCAAAUUGUGUUGCUUCUGCAUCAAUGAUAAUAGAUGGUGAUACCUUAAUGGUUUUUGGAGGAUCUGGACUGCCAUUUGGAAGAUGCAACAGCAAUAUCCUGCAUACACUUAACCUUAAGGAGAAGAUCUGGCGAAAAAUACAAUGUAAAAAUGCAACCCCGUCUCCACGAUAUGGACAGAGCAUGAUUAAAGGAAAUGAUGGCUACAUCUACAUUUUUGGUGGAACUACCGGUCUAACCUUUCAUGAUGAUCUGUAUCGGUUUCGUCGCAAAGAUUAUGUGUUUGAAAGAAUGCCACAUGUUGUGAAUACACCUUCUGAAAGAUAUCGGCAUGAAGUUGUCGGUGACGAAGAAUGCUUCUAUAUCCUCGGAGGAGCGACACUCGGUUCUUAUAUGAGUUUUGAGGAGAUACAUAGCUUUCAUUACGACUCCUUGCAGUGGAAGAGUCACAAGUGUAUACCUUCUAUAUCAUUUGGGAUCUAUAUGUGCGGAGGCUUCAAUGAACGAACCGCUUUUGAUGACUUCUGGGUACUUGAUGUAAUCAAUUUUCAAUGGUCAAAAUUAGACAUAACCUUACCGGAUGCAAUGUUUUUUCAUGCUAUUGCGUUACAGAGGUCACUCCGAAGCGAUAAUUCAAGAGGUUACCCGCUCUUCGUCAUUCUUGCGAUGCUGGCUAACUGUCCCAUCCCUUCAAGAAUGCACAGUUAA